AGGAAGCUACUGCCGGGGCGAGCUGGGCUGGGAGGGGUCUUGGGCCAGGGCUGGGGCUGAGGCUGGGCCCGGGGCGUACCGAAACCCUGGGAGCAGGCGGAGCCGAGCUGGAAAUGGGGCGCAGUGAGGCGGGGAUCCGACCCUGAGUUCAUCCUGCUCAGGGGGUGCCAGAAGCGGAAGAGUGAAGUCAGGGUUCGGUGGGCGGAAGAGAGAGAGCCUGGGCUGAGGUGAGGCCCAUGAGCAGGAAAUGAGAGAAGAAGCUGGUACCCGAGGGAGCUUAGGGACGGGACACAUUUUUAAAAUGUCAGGCUGUUGCAUUUUGUCCAAUUACUCUUAACUUGGUUGUUCUUUCGGGAGCAACCCCAAGCCCUCCCACUGCCCCACACCACAAUGCAUUGCCUGAUUCCCUCAGGUCCCUGUGGUGCCCGAAUUCCUUUUUGUCCAGCCCCUGACUCCUGCCAUUGUGGCUGCUGCUUUUAAUUAGAAAUGCCUCACACAAGUGAAGGUGUCUGGCCACUUAGUCAACUGCGCAGUAUUCUCUAUCAUUUUGUUUCAAAAAUCUUUGAAUCUUGGUACAAUGUUUUUAUUUGUCUUCUUAAGGGCAAAGAGGAUGGGAGGAGGGGAAGAAAACCUCUAAUCUUUGGUGUAACUCCAAGAAUGAAAUCACACUUGAUUCAAACAUUUUCUUGACAGACAUGGCCACCUACCACCCAGAUGGACACAUGCAGCUGCCCCGAGCUGAUGCCAUUCGUUCUCGGCUCAUAGAUACUUUCUCGCUCAUCGAACAUCUGCAAGGCUUGAGCCAAGCUGUGCCACGGCACACUAUCCGGGAGAUACUUGAUUCUUCUCAUCAGAAGAAACUUAUGCUGGGAGAUCAACACCAGCUCGUGAGCUUCUCCAUAAAGCCUCGUCAUGUAGAACGGAUUACACAUGGCCAGAGACUGAUGAGCAGGCUUCGAGUGCGCUGCAGUCGUCUGCCACCUCUUUCUUUGUGGGCUGGAUGGGUCCUUGAGCGUCCUCUCUUCACAAACUUCAUCAUCUUCCUCAUCUUUUUGAAUACAAUCGUCCUUAUGGUUGAAAUAGAAUUGCUCGAAUCCUCAAAUAUCAAACUGUUGCCACUGAAGCUGAGUCUGGAGGUGGCAGCUUGGUUCAUCUUGCUUAUUUUCAUCUUGGAAAUCCUUCUUAUGUGGCUAUCCAGUUUUUUCCUCUUCUGGAAGAAUGCCUGGAAUGUCUUUGACUUUGUUGUCACCGUAUUGUCCCUGCUUCCUGAGGUUGUGGUGCUGGUAGGAGUAAAAGGCGAGUCUGUAUGGCUCCAGUUGCUGAGGAUCUGCCGGGUGCUAAGGUCUCUCAAACUCUUUGCACGAUUUCGUCAAAUUCGAGUCAUUAUUUUGGCCCUGGUCAGGUCCCUCAAGAGCAUGACCUUCCUCUUGUUGUUGCUGAUCAUCUUCUUCUACAUUUUUGCUGUGACCGGUGUCUACUUCUUCGAGAAUUACACCCGUUCAACUCGCCAGGACCUGAAGUACCACGUGUUCUUCUCGGACUUGCCGAAUUCCCUAGUGACAGUAUUCAUUCUCUUCACCAUGGAUCAUUGGUAUGCACUGCUUCAGGAUACCUGGCUGGUGCCUGAAGUUAGCCGCACCUUCAGCAGCAUCUAUGUCAUCCUUUCGUUGUUACUUGGUUCCAUCAUCUUUCGAAAUAUCAUAGUAGCCAUGAUGGUUACUAACUUUCAGAAUAUCAGGAAUGAGCUGAAUGAGGAGAUGACACACCUGGAGGUUCAGCACAAAGCUGACAUGUUCAAGCGGCAGAUUAUCCAGAGAAGACAAAACCUGUCGCCUGAGGCAUUGAGGUCAAGCGUUAGCAAAAUAGAUACCAGUCAACAAGCAGAAUCUUUGGACAGAUCAGAAGUUUUUCAAGUGUCUAAAAGUGCUGUCAUUGAAGAGAAUUCAGGAAUAUAUCAGUCAAAAUCAAAACCAAAAAUGAAAAAGUCUUCAUCUUUCUCUUCCUUUUCUUCUUCCUCCUCUUCCUCAUCUUUGUCUUCCUUCUUUUCUUCUUCUUCUGAAUCCAGACGUGCGGACUCUAUUGGUAAGCAGAGGCUUCAGUAUAACCUAGAGGAACGUAAACAGUUGCAAGAAUUUGCAGUGCAAGCACUAAUGAACUUUGAAGACAAGUAAAGCUGACAAUGGAUGGCUUCAAUAUCUUUGGCAAAGGAUCACAAAGAGAAUAGUUGGAAAUGGAGAAUUCAAAGUAUAAAUGUCUAAUAAAUACUACUGAUAAUU